UUGUGCUGUGCCGUGAAAGUCCGUUUCAAGCUUUGAGGGAGAGUACGUUAGCUAGCCAGCUAACCCAUAGCUGGUUAGCCAUAGCACUCUGGGAGGCGGUGGGUGCCAUAGCAACGGUUUAAGAAACAUUGACUGUGGUGGCUAGCAAGCUAAGAUAGUUCAGGCUAACGGUGGUUUGUUAUGCUAACGUUAAACAAGGCGUCGUAGAGACUUCAGUGUCCAGUUUAGCGUUAGGCAGCCACAAGUCAUUGUUUUCUACAUUGCGCCAGUGCGCAUAUUAUUUAGCUGUCACAUUGCUCCGUGCUUCUUAGUAAGCUGUCUAGGAUGGCAGAUUGUUGUAACGUUACAGUGUUGUGUUGAGCUAACUUGGCUAACGUAUUCUGCUUUAACUAGUAUGGAUGUUGAUGACUGCAAUGGCCGGUCUUAUAUAUCAGCUAGUGGAGACUCCUCAAUGGAAAGAGAGUUUUCUGGAGCCCUUGGAGGUCCAACAGUGAGCACCCCAAACAGCAAGGAGACAUCUCCUAGUCGCUCUCUCAGUGCCAACUCCAUUAAAGUGGAGUUGUACAGUGAUGAAGACCCAGGUCGCAGUACUGAGGAUGAAAGAGGGGAGCGGGUAGAGGAAGGAGGUCCUGAGCAGACAUCCGAGGCUGUUGGAGGCUACAGGGAGCUCACCAAUCCUGAAACCAUGCCAACUGGAGCCACCAGGCUGCCAAAUGGAAAGCUAAAGUGUGACGUCUGUGGAAUGAUCUGCAUUGGGCCUAAUGUUCUCAUGGUGCACAAACGCAGCCAUACAGGUGAGCGACCAUUCCAGUGUAAUCAGUGUGGCGCCUCCUUCACUCAGAAGGGUAACCUGCUCCGUCACAUCAAGCUGCACUCAGGGGAGAAGCCCUUUAAAUGUCCCUUCUGCAGCUAUGCCUGUCGAAGACGAGAUGCACUCACUGGCCACCUUCGCACUCAUGCAGUGUCUUCUCCAACUGUAGGGAAGCCGUAUAAGUGCAGUUAUUGUGGCCGUAGUUACAAACAGCAAAGCACCCUGGAGGAGCACCGUGAGCGUUGCCACAGCUACUUACAGAGUCUGGAGUCACAGCAGCCAUCCAGUGCACAGAAUCCAGGAGAGGAGAUGAGAGAGCUAGAGUUUAUACCCGACUCUCUACUGCAACCCUCCUCAGACAAGAUGGCAUUUAUCGAUCGGCUCGCCAACAGCAUCACCAAACGCAAGAGAUCCACACCACAAAAAUUUGUAGGGCAGAAGCACAUACGCCUCAACCUUGGAGAUGCACCUUAUGAGCUCAGUGCUGGUUUGGAUAAAGAUGGGGAGAUGCACGUAGGGGACCUUGAAGCCCCGCACUUUACUGGUCUGGGAGGAGAAUACACAGGCAUAGCCGGUAAUGGAGGAGGGGUGUCAGACACACUAAGGCCUCUCCACCUUCCUGCCACUCACCCUUCAUGUCUAUCGGAACUCAGGCCGAUCCACAGCUCCUCUAACACCCCCGUCGCUCUAGGUCCAAGGCUGGACUGUACAGGAACAGGAACUGGACUGGGAUCUGCGGGUGUCGGGGGAAGGGAGGCAGCAGAGGGUCACGAAGACCUGCCCAUCGGUCGAAGUCAUGCGCCCUCACCUAGCAAUGGUUGUCAGGACUCUACAGACACAGAGAGCAUGCCAGAUGAGCCAUGCAAUAGUACUGCUCCAACUCCAACCCUGCACAGUAACAAUGGCCAUCAUCUCCUCCACUCCAACAACCAUAACCCAGUGCCUCCCCCCAUUGCACACCACAGGAGUCGGGACAGACACAGCCCCAGCCACGCCAAAGAAAGGGAGGUAGAAAGAGAGGAUGGAGGCCACUCAGCCCCACCACCUCCUGCACUCGCUCCAACUCCCAGCUCACCUACAGCACCCUCCUCCACCUCCAGGGAGGCUUUUCGGGUUGUAGAUGCAGAGGGGCGGGCUGUGCGCUCUUUCCGUUGCGAGCACUGCCGUGUGCUUUUCCUGGACCAUGUCAUGUUUACCAUCCACAUGGGCUGCCACGGUUUUCGUCAGCCUUUUGAGUGUAACAUCUGUGGCCACCGCAGCCAGGACCGCUAUGAAUUUUCUUCACACAUCGUCCGCGGAGAGCACAUCCUUGACUGAAGAUGAAGGGUGGACAACCUGCUUCACCUAGAACUAUUUUUACACUGAGACAAGGACCUGGCUGGGUUUGGUCUGCACACAAGCUAAAAAGAGCACCGAUGACGUGAAACUGAUUCAGAUAUUUCAAAGAGGCAUUGGUACAGUAAGUAAGUACCAGCAUUAAUGAAAACUUUAUAUUAAUGUUUCUAGAAUUAUAAUAGUGGCCCUCAAUAUUUUCAAUGCACUUUGAACAACAAAAAAUGCACUUAUAAUUAAAUGUAUUCUAAAGUAGAUGAGGAGCCAGUUCUCUUUUUCAUCCACAGAUGUGCCUUGCUCCAAAAUCCAGGAUUCAAACCUGAUGCACAAAUCAUUGAAGACAAAUCUAAGUUUUGUCCAUAACCUAAAAACUUUCCCCUCUUGUGCACUUUAAUAAAAAUAACAAAUAAUUAAAAAUUAAUGUGAAGUUGAUGGGCUCGCCUACAAUGGAAUCUGUAGCUUGUAAUGCCUUGUUCUUAAAGCACUUUUUCAGUUAAAUGAUUCCCUAACAAAAAUGACAUCCUGCAGUUUCAUUCUGACUUGGGAUUGACUGUGUACAAUGGAUCGCUUUUUAGAAUGCAAAGUGAAGUGCAGACCAAACUCAAAAACCAGGUCCAAGUUGAAUAGAUGUGUUUGAGGAGUUGUCCGUGAAUUAGAAAUGCACUUUUGUUUUUCAUGUGGGUUUGAGUGACAGAUCUUAGUGUGUGUGUGCAUGAGAGUGUGUGUGUGUGUGUGUGUGUGUGUGUGUGUGAGAGUGAGAGAGAGAGAGAGAGAGAAAGAGUGACCCUGUAUUUUUUGGAAGUAAAUUGAAUAAGUAAGUGAAAAAUGAAGGCCUUUAUUUGUGUGAAUGCUGAAUGGGGCUGUGUAUGAAAUGUUUUUUCUUUUCUAUGACUGCUUUUGUUGCACUGAUACCUGCCAGAAUACUAUGAUUAUAUUAAACUAUUUUGUAGAAUACAUUAAUGACCUGCACAUUUCUCUCAAAUGUGAGAAAAACUGUUUUUUUUUUCUCACUAGGAAAGGAUUAUGAGUAUCACUGCCACAAUUUUAGAGAUUACUGAAGAGGUUAGGGUCUUUGAAGUCCUUGACAUUUUCCUUUUUAUCACUCCAUCAAACUUCAAACCAACACUAAUAUAUUUAUGCUAUAUUUAAACAUGAUUUUGGUGUUAUUAUCUCAUUGUAUUGUGCCUUUCUUCACCCUGAUCACACCUUGUUGACCAGACUGUAGGACAUGAGCUACAAGGUCACGUUCAUUGUGGGUGAUGUUAGAGAUUGUGACUUACUAAAAAGAUUUAAGCACUCCAGGUGUUUUCCAGACGCUGUAAAGUCUCUGGCUUAUGGCUUUGCACAAAAUCUAUUUAUCCUAUUCAGAUAUGGCUGAUUUUUUUUAGUGUUGGCAAAGAACCAAUUCUGCUAAUUUAUCAAAGACUAAAUGUGCAUGGCAUUUGGCACAUGCUGCUAUGACAAGAAUGAGUGCAGUGUACAGUGGCAGUUUACUACCGUCCUCACAGAUUGAAUCCCAAAAAGAUGUUUUAUUUGUUUUGUUUUUUUUUUCUCUGAACAUAUUUCAGUCCACACAGUCACCAGGCACUGAUGUGACAGUGACAGAGUGGAACAGGUGUUUAUUUCAGUUCAGUUUUGUCAGUUGUGAUUUAUAAUAAAAGAUCCUGUCUUAGUAAAAUUGUACAGAAAGGAAAUAUACGUUAAGAGAAAUGUGUUGGUUCAAAGAACACCGUCAGCUUGUGAUUCUGGCUGUUUACAUGUCGAAACAAUGGAGAUGGUUAUUUUAGCCACUUUUUGUUGAUAGUUCAUGUUACACACUUUAAGCACAAUGAGUUGUACUGUCCCACAGGCUAACUUGGUAAAGUCUAGAUUACAGAAUUGGGCACAAAAAUGAAUACUCAGAUUAUGUUGAUAAACAGGACGUUUGUAGAUGAGAUAUGUACAUCAUAUAUGCACUGAUAUCCAAAAAGGCUGGAAAAAUACUGACAGUCAAAAUCAUCAGCUGACAUGAGCCCAUUAAUUUCAGUGUGGCGCAAAAAAACAGCUUAUUGAACAAACUGUCCCCAAUAUGUUUAUCAGAACUUUUAUUUUGAUAUUAUUUCAUAAAAGUGUAGAUCUUUUCAGUUUCAAUAAAUGUUGCUUCUCAGACGUCUUUUCAGAAGCAGGCUGAGCAGAAACCAAUGAACCAUUCAAGGCUCUAAAUGGACAUUUAAGUUUAUUUUAGCAUUGGGAACAGUUCCUGGUUCUGUCAUGGUCUGAAUUUAACUCAUGUAUGAGUUCUCACAAUUUUAAGUAGUGUAAACUCCAAAAUAUUGCUGUUUUUUAUGAAGAGGAAUAAAAAAAAAGUGCUUGGUUAUUAUAUCAUUUUUAGAUCACAGUGAGUGUGGUUCUGUAAAAUGUGGCUGAGCCAAAGAACCACUACUUCCUACUGUACGCACUUUUCCUUAUUAGAGUAGCAAAAUGAAAAAAAAUCAAAGUAAAUGAAUAUAUUUGUACAUAUAGUAUGAAAUAUGAAGAAGCUGCAAGGUAAUUUUUUUCCACUGCUUUGUCAGAAGAAACUUAUAGAUGUUAAAAACUCUUCUCCCCUUAGUUUUACAGAAUACGUUUAGCAAAGAUAAUUUCGGGUUUCCCUCUGAAAAAUAAACAAUGUAAAUGUUAACCUCAGUUCAUUUUUGUUUUAAGAAUUGUUGAGAGUUCUUAAGUGGAGCUACUUUUGUUUGAGGGAUGGUUUUAUAGUCUGUUGUUGACACAAUGCAAUGUGACACACAAACCAAAACAGGUGGUUAAAUCGUUUUUUUUCCAGAGUUACAGUUUAAUAAUUUAAAAUCAGAUUAUCUUGCCUUAAUAUAAGAAUACAGACUGUUAUGUCACAUCAAGACAGAGGUUGGUUUGUAAAUUGAACAUCACAGAAUCUGGAAAUUCAGUAUGACUUUAAUGUAAAUGAUUUGACACCAAAGUUGUCAUUGCAGAUCACUGAAAUUGUCAUGGAGUCAUUUUGCAUGAGGAAAAAAAAAGCUUUUACAGACAAGUUUCAUCUUACACCCUGCUUCACUGUGUAUAUUCUGAUUUAGGCAACGACUUGUCUCUACAAAGGCCCAGGUGUGAUCUUUCUCCAGUUGGUGUGAUUUUUGUGUAGUAGACUUUGCUAUUGUGCCUUUAGCCUGAGGUCUUUUUUGCAUUUUUCCCCCUCAACAGUUCAAAUUCUCACCCUUUAAGUGUAAAGCUUAUUUUGUUAAUCCUGUGGUGCAAGUACUGCACAUUAUAAAAGGCUCCACAUUAUUUUGGAUAUCUUUAAAGUUUUUAUUCACCAACUAUUCAACUGUAGAGUAUAACUAAAACCACCAGUGCUCAGUGACCCUGGUCAGAGCCCGUUUUUAAUUUUUACAGCCAGACAACCAUAGAUCCAUCAGAACAACUUUGGUAAUGCUGGCAGCUAGGGAGCCAAAGAAAUAACUCUUAAAUGUGUAAAACUUCCCAUACACCUCAACCUGCAGCCAUUAUGUUGGACUGUAGUGAAAAAUGCUGUAGAAAAAUAGAAUAUUUAAAAAAAAAAAAAGCUUGGAGCUCUAGUCCAUGUUUCAGCUAACCCCCUGCAGAAUUGUACUUUUAAGUCCUAAGUUCUGCCUCAAAGUAGGUGCAUAUUCACUAUCUAAGAGCCUGCUUUCCCUUCACAAGUUGCAAGUUUGGACAUAGAUUUUUCUUUUAUUUUUUUUUAUUUCUGUGUGCUACACUGGGCAGUAAUGUGCUUCUAAACCUGAUGCAUGUGGUACCAACGCUGUUUGCUCCUCAACCUACACCCCAAUCACCUUUCUGUUGUAUUCUUAAGGACAACCAAAUAAACUGUCUACUCCAAUUUAA